AUGGCUUCCUUUUCUUCAACGCAUUGUCGUUCAUAUUCAUAUUCACAUUCUUCAUCCACAAAUGGGGGGCAAAAUCAACGUUUUGCUUUCUCUUCUUCAUUUCCCAGAUUGCCUGUUCCAGCUAAAGCUAAGGUCUUGCUUCAAUCUCAAAGAAAUUCCCAUCAAAAUGUUGUUCUCAUGCAAGAUGGUGCGGUAGCCACAAAAGCAAAUGCUGUGGAAAAAGAAACGCCUCUGAAAAAAUUGAAAGAUGAAUUGUUGUCAGCCACAUCUUCAGAUGAAUGGGAUGAGAAAGCAGGUUUUGAUAUCAAUGAAAAUGAGUCAACUGUCAGUAUCACAGUGGUUGGAGCUUCUGGGGACCUUGCAAAAAAGAAGAUAUUUCCUGCACUUUUUGCACUUUAUUAUGAAGAUUGUCUUCCUAAGCACUUCACCAUCUAUGGUUAUGCAAGGAGUAAGAUGACUGAUGCAGAACUUCGAAAUAUGGUGAGCAAGACCCUUACAUGCAGAAUUGAUAAAAGGGAGAACUGUGGUGAAAAGAUGGACCAAUUUCUUAAAAGAUGUUUCUACCACUCCGGUCAGUAUGAUUCUGAGGAAAAUUUUUCACAGCUGGACAAGAAGCUCAUGGAGCAUGAGGAUGGGAGAGUUUCUAAUCGCCUCUUUUAUUUAUCUAUCCCUCCCAAUAUCUUUAUCGAUGCUGUAAAAUGUGCAAGCUUGUCAGCUUCAUCUGGUAAUGGUUGGACCAGGGUCAUUGUUGAGAAACCUUUUGGUCGAGAUUCAGAAUCUUCUGCUGCACUAACAAAAGCCCUGAAGCACUACCUAGAUGAAGAUCAAAUAUUCAGGAUAGACCACUAUCUAGGAAAGGAACUUGUGGAAAAUCUAUCGGUCAAGGUACUACGCUCGAUGAGGCCUUUGCAACUUGAAGACGUAGUUAUUGGACAGUACAAGAGCCACACUAAAGGAGGUGUUACCUACCCCGCCUACACUGAUGACAAGACUGUGCCAAAAGAUAGCUUGACCCCAACUUUUGCAGCAGCUGCUCUGUUCAUCGACAAUGCAAGAUGGGAUGGAGUGCCUUUUCUAAUGAAAGCAGGGAAAGCAUUACACAAUAAGAGGGCAGAGAUAAGGGUACAGUUCAGGCAUGUGCCUGGCCACUUGUAUAACCGAAACUUUGGAACUGAUAUUGAUCGAGCUACAAAUGAGCUUGUCAUUAGAGUGCAGCCAGAUGAAGCUAUUUAUUUGAAGAUCAAUAACAAGGUCCCUGGAUUGGGGAUGAGAUUGGACCGCAGUAACCUGAACCUCCAUUAUGCGGCAAGAUAUUCAAAAGAGAUACCAGACGCGUAUGAGAGGCUUCUGCUGGACGCUAUCGAAGGCGAAAGGAGGCUGUUUAUCCGAAGUGAUGAGUUGGAUGCUGCCUGGUCACUCUUUACUCCUGUUUUGAAGGAGCUGGAAGAGAAGAAAAUUAUACCUGAAUACUAUCCUUAUGGCAGCCGUGGCCCUGUUGGUGCUCAUUAUCUUGCAGCUAAAUACAAUGUCCGGUGGGGUGAUCUUGGCGUCGACCAGUAA